AUGGCUGCCAGCAUCAACUCCCCGUGGACUAUUCUAGCAAUAGGUGUCUUACUAUUCGUGUCGAAGUGUUUGUAUCGGAUCUAUUUUCACCCUCUCCGCCACAUUCCCGGCCCAACGCUUGCUGCUGUUACUCACCUAGAGGAGUUCUACUACGAUGUGAUCCGAGGAGGGAAGUUUAUCUGGAGAAUCCAAGAAAUGCAUAAGCAAUACGGCCCGAUCGUCCGCAUCAAUCCAAGAGAGGUGCAUAUCACCGACCCUUCCUUUUACGAUGAGAUCUACGCAGGGGCUGGUCGCAAACGCAAUAAAGACUGCCACAUGACGCCUAUAUUCGCGUCUCCCUCAGCAACAAUAGCAACCAUCGAUCACGAUCUCCAUAGGACGCGCCGCAACCAGCUGAAUGGCUUCUUUUCCAAAAAGGCGGUGACAGAGCUGAUGCCCGUCAUCCAAAGCAAGGUUGUGCACCUACAGACCAUCUUACACAAAGCCUAUGCAUCCGACCAGGCCGUGAACCUGCAUGAGAUCUUUGCGAGCCUGUCGGCUGACAUCAUCACACAUUAUGCCUAUGGAUCGGACUGCGGCUUCCUCGACAACCCCAGCGAGAGCAACCUGAUCUUGAAGGGGGCGCACGAGAUCAUUCAAGCGUGCCACGUUCAUCGCUUCUUCCCGCAGGUCUUGACUGUCCUGCAGGUUGUACCUCCCUGGAUUCUGCGGCGCGUGCGCCCCAACCUGUCUGGAAUCUUUGAUAUGCAAGAUCGCAUCACUCAGCAGUCGAACGACAGCCUGCGUCAAGUAGCGAAGCACGAGGCAUUGGCCUCCGACUAUCGACCGCGCCGCACUAUCUUCGAUGCGAUCAAUGACCCGGCUCUGCCGCCUCAGGAGCGCACCCUCCAGCGACUGCGCGAGGAGGCGUUCACGGUGCUUGGGGCUGCCACCGAGACGACGGAGGGCGCCCUGACCAUCGCCAUGUUCCAUCUGCUCUACCACAAGCCGUACUUCCUGCGCUUGCGCGAGGAGCUUCGAGCCGUGAUGCCAGAUAGCACCGACACAGCAAUCUGGCAGGACCUGGAGCGAUUGCCUUUUCUGACAGGAGUCGUGAACGAAAGCUUACGGUUGAGCGGUAUAUCCAUCCGACUCCCACGCGUCGCUCCACAAGAGACACUCCACUACCACGAACAUGUCAUCCCGGCCGGUACCCCAAUGAGCACAAUCUCGUACUUCAUCCACACCAACUCGACCAUUUUCCCCGAACCCGAGAAAUUCGACCCAGACCGCUGGAUCCGGGCCGCAGCACCAGCCACGCAAGGGAGCGGGGCAUCUCCACAGAAGCUGACCAAGUUUCUGGUCCCCUUCACCCGCGGCAGUCGCAUCCUGGCAUACGCAGAGCUGUACAUGACCCUCGCGGCUGUGGUACGGCGCUUCGAUCUGGAGCUUUACGGCACGACGGUGGAGGAUGUGCGCUUUGAGCGGGAUUUGUCGCUGCCGCAUACCGAUCGCGGAGCGCGGCGCGUGAGGGUGAGGGUGGUGGGGUUGGCCAGGAAUAUUGCUGAGUGA